UAAGGGGCUGUUUGGAUGGCACCGAAAUACGCAAACAUUUUCAGUGAAACAGAAAGGGGAAAAGGAAGAGAGUGAAAUGGGGGAGCUUUACGCGUUGGACUUCGAUGGAAUCAUUUGUGAUAGCUGCGGUGAAAGCUCUCUCUCUGCUCUCAAGGCCGCAAAAGUGAGAUGGCCUAAUUUGUUUGAUGGGGUGGAUUCAGCCACAGAAGAUUGGAUUGUUGACCAGAUGCACACAGUGCGACCAGUGGUGGAAACUGGAUAUGAAAAUGUUUUACUUGUGAGAUUGUUGCUUGAGAGCAGAACACCUUCUGUCCGGAAGUCUUCGGUUGCAGAGGGGCUCACAGUUGAGGGUAUACUGGAGAACUGGUCCAAGCUGAAGCCUAUUAUUAUGGAAGAAUGGGGUGAGAAUAGGGAUGCCCUCAUAGAUCUUUUUGGAAAGGUCAGAGAUGAAUGGUUGGAGAAGGAUUUUGCUACUUGGAUUGGUGCAAACAGAUUAUAUCCGGGUGUUUCUGAUGCGUUAAAAUUUGCAAGCUCGAAAGUGUACAUUGUCACCACAAAACAGAGCCGCUUUGCUGAUGCUUUACUACGGGAGCUUGCUGGAGUGACCAUACCACCCGAAAGAAUAUAUGGCCUUGGAACUGGUCCCAAGGUAGAAGUUUUGAAGCAGCUUCAGAAAAAGCCAGAGCACCAAGGACUGACACUACACUUUGUUGAGGAUCGGCUAGCUACCUUAAAAAAUGUCAUCAAAGAGCCUGAGUUAAACCAAUGGAAUUUGUACCUAGGGAAUUGGGGUUACAACACCCAGAAAGAAAGAGAGGAAGCUGCAGCUAUCCCCAGAAUUCAUGUUCUUGAGCUCUCUGACUUCAGCAAGAAGUUAAAGUAGGGGUCUUCAUUGGAUUGUCAACUGUCAAUCAUUGAACCAAAUAAUUUUCUUCCAACUCAUUUAUAAGCAAUAACAAAUUUCUAGUAAACACAAUCUUUCUACUCAGAAAUCCCCUCCUUUUGGUCUUGUAAACUGCAGUAAUUCGGUGGAGGGCUUUGUUGUCUUUACUGGUUUGCCCAGUUCGAACCCGAAUAGGGUGGACCAAAGUAAUAAGUUACAGUAAUUUGUACCCUUAGAGGAAGUGAAAAUUGCUGAAAUUCUUGAGAAGUGUCAGACAAGUUCUAUAUCAAUGUUCUAGUCAAAAGGUUCCUUUA